AAAAAAAGAGGGAGAGAGAGAAAUCUUACCAGGAAACUCCUUCUUGAUUCCUUCCUUAUCCAGUAUAUCCAUACCUUAGAAGAAGAUGAACUCAGAUGUGAGGACUACAAAAGGGUAGGAUUGUUGGAGUUGUGACAGCAAGAAAGGAGACUCUACAAAGAUCUGAAUGCUGGAAGGUAGUUGCGCAAUGGCUGGAGCAUUAAAGACGACCAACGGCAAAGGAAAACAGGAUCUAUUGAGCAUCUUUUCAAUAAUUUUGUUGUUGGUUACUUUGGUUGAUUCUAAACACUUUAAUGUGAUGAAUUAUGAAGCAACUGGAGAUGGACAAUCAGAUGAUUUUCAAGCUUUCCUUAAAGCAUGGGAUGCAGUUUGUGGUUCGAGGAGGAAAAAUCCUACUCUCAUUAUCCCAAAGAACAAGAAAUUCCUGUUUAGUCCUAUUACAUUCGAAGGUCCUUGUAAGUCUAAUGUUGCGGUUCAGAUUAUGGGUGAUGUUGUGGCACCUAGCAGAUCAACUUCAUCUUGGCAGAGCCAAUCUGAGGCAUGGAUUCUCUUUGCAAAUGUGACAGGACUAAAAGUAACUGGGAAAGGCACAUUAGAUGCUAGAGGAUCUGAAUGGUGGGACUGGUGCCCAAGGGUGAGUAGUUGCAUCAAACCCGUUGUAUGCAAGAGGCCCACGACCAUGAGAUUUCUAAAUUGUUCCUCGCUUCAUGUGAGCGGAUUGACCUCAGUCGACAGUGGACGAAAUCAUAUCUCUAUAAAUAGUUGUCAGCAUGGAACUUUCAGUUUUAUAACUUUAAUUGCUCCAGAUGAAAGCCCUAAUACUGAUGGUAUUGACAUAUCCAACUCAAACAACAUUGCAAUUUCGAAGAGCAACAUCAGAACGGGUGACGAUUGUAUCGCAAUUAAUGAUGGUUCCUCUUAUAUCAACAUCACUGAGCUGACUUGUGGCCCCGGCCAUGGCAUAAGUAUUGGGAGCUUAGGUAAAAACGGAGCAAAAGCUGAAGUUGAAGAAAUACAUGUAAAGAAUUGCACAUUCAACGGAACACAAAAUGGAGCAAGGAUCAAAACAUGGCAGGGAGGGAGUGGAUAUGCCAGAAAGAUCUCAUUUGAGAAAAUCCAACUAUUCGAUUCAGGCAAUCCCAUCAUUAUCGAUCAGUAUUAUUGUGAUUGCAAGGGCGAAAAAACUUGUGAAAAUCAGACCGCUGCGGUUCAAAUAAGUGAUGUUACGUUCAGAGACAUUCAGGGGACAUCGAACAAAACAGACGUGAUCAAAUUAAGCUGCAGCGAAACACUCGCUUGCACCAAUAUUUUGGUAGAGAAUAUCCACUUAACAUCAACUGUUGAAGGCGAGGAAGCCUAUUCCUCUUGCGUCAAUGCUCACGGAAGAAGUUCGGAAUCAAUUCCUCCAAUUGACUGCCUGUUAGGCUAAGCCCGCGUAAGUUUCCACCUAGUGCUUUGGGUGAAGAUGCACACCAAAUUCGCCCAUAUUUUUAGUUGUGUGUGUUCUUUUUUAGUCGUGUGUGUUCUCAUAAAAUUUCCAUCUCUAUAAAAAUUAAGUUUAUAGAGCACUUUAAGGUUUUGGAAAAUUUUAGAGUUAUUAAAAGUCUGUGAAUUAUUUUUAAUAUUUAACUUGUAUUUGUGUCUAAUUAAAAUCUUUUAUGAGA